AUGCCGAACACCACACCCAUCUGCUUCGAGGACCAGUCCGAGCUCAAUUCGUACCUCCUUAAGCAUCUACUCGUGUUCUUGAUCGAACUCAUCGUCAGCUACUUGGUAGGCUUGAUGGCAAUCGUCAUCUGGACGAAGAAGAUGAGGGAGAGGAAGGAGGCCACUAUCGUCGCUCCGAGGAAGACCUCUUAG